AUGGAUAAUAUGAAAAAUAAAUCUUAUUUGAAAACACUUGGAUUGAUUUGGAUUCUAAUUGAAUGUAAUCUCGUUGCUGGAAAUAUCUUUGGAUUUGCAUCAUUAUUUAGUGAAUUACCUCGUUAUGGUAUUUAUGAAUCCGAAUGUAAAAAUUCAUCUGAACAAAUUCUAUUCAAUAAUACAAAGAUACUGAAAAAAGACUGUUCGGGUCAAAUGGAAAAAUAUCAACUUGCUUUUACAUUGGGUAUUGCAUUUUAUAAUUUACCAGCUAUUAUAGUUGGUAUGAUUAGUGAUUAUCUUGGACCUCGAUCUUUAAAAUUAAUUGCCAUUAUUUUUCAUCUAAUCAGUUGGUUAUCACUUGGAUUUGUAACACCUAAUCGUGAUUGGCUUCUUCUAUUCCAUACAAUAUUUUUAUCUUUAACAGGAAUUUGUACUUUACUUACAUCAUUUUCUAUAUCGGCUAAUUUUAGUCAAAAUCGAGGUCUUGUUACAGCAUUAAUAUCAGGUGCACAACUUACUGGUUCAAUAUGGUAUGCAAUAUUUCAAAUAUUAAUUGAAAAAAAUUUCAUUUCUCUUUCUACAUUGGCGUUUAUAUGGGCAUCAUUUGCAAUAUUAAUGUUUGGUAGUGCUAUGCUUUUUCUUGAUUGGCGUUUUACUUGUAUGAAUUCAAUUUUAAAAUCAAAAUCAAUAAAAAAAGAAGUUAAAACAAUAACUUCACAUGAUACUUUAAUUCAACAAUUAAUAAAUCCAUUAUUUAUUGUUGUAACACUUUUUCUUAGUUGUCUACUUCUUACAAUAUCAUUUCUUCCAGUUAUUUGGUAUAAAUGGCUUCUACAUUUAACUGGAAAUAAUAACCAAUUAGCUACUCGUUAUACACGCAUUUACAAUAUGAUUGCUGUUUUUGGAAUUAUUGUUGCACCAUUAUGUGGUUUUAUUGUUGAUUAUAAAGCUUAUCGUGGUUAUACACAAAAAAUGUUUAAUAUUUCAAUAUUACAAACACUUACAUGGAUUGGUUCUGUAGCUCUUUGUAUUACUUGUAUGUUUCAAUCAAUAUUUGCAGCUAUAAUAGCUUUAAUUAUUUUAACUUUUUCACGUACAAUACUUGUGGCUGGAAGUCAAGCAUUAAUUGCUACUGUUUUUCCACCUCAAUUUAUUGGAUCACUUCUUGGAAUUAUGUGGUCAACAGCAGGUAUCAUUAGUUUUGCUACAUAUGGUUUAGUGUAUUUAACAACUAAUCCAACAGAUAUUUGGCGUGGUUGGGUAAUUAUUUUAUUUCUUUGUGCAAUUAUGAGUGGACAUUUAAUUCAAGUUUGGAUUUUAUAUAUUAAAUCUAAAAAAGAAAAGAAAAAUCAAUUAACAAUAAUAAAUGAAGAAGAAAUGAAAACAUUAAAAUCUUCAAUUGACAAUUAG